UAUUUACAAAGUUUUGCAUUUAAUAAUCACAACACACAAUGCACUCCAGCCACCAAAAUUCUGUCUUUUUUAAACACACCAUGUUUCUCUCUUAGUCUCACUUUAUAACACACUAUUUGUUUCCCUCUUCAACCAUUCGUUCUUCACCUUCCUUUAAGCUUCUAUUUUCAUCUCACCCUUACCACUGCCAAACACUCUCAUCAGAGAAGUUUCUACCCUCGCCGUUGCCAAUAACAACCUUCGACUCCGACUGGUGAUGCAGCAGGGGCGGUUCUAUAGCCCAGCAAGCCCGGGCACGCGCCCGGGUUCAACCCCUAUUUUCUUUGUAUUCCCCUAAAUUUAAUAGCCGAUUUUUAAACGAAACUAGGGGCAAAAUUAGUAAAAAUAAUGGUGUAAAAAUUAAAAUAGAUGAAUACCCAAUGGUCCAGAGAGGCCUAACCCAAUUAAUUAUUUAUGAUUUAAAACAGAAAUUAAAAAAAAAACAAAACAAAAAAGUACCGCAAAAACCCUUUCUUUAUCUCUGAACCACCCCUGCAGCUGUCUGUUCCUAUUCCUCUCUCUCAUUUACGUCAUUUUCCAGCUAGCACUAGCAGAGAUGAGGAGGUUUUUGGUUCCUAGAACAAGUAUUGAGAAAGUGAAUGUUAAGCAAUCGGAAGUCGAAGUAGAAGAAACACCCCCCCUAAUGUGGCCAACGAGUUUAAUCCAAAUGAGAUUGUGCGUGAUCCAGGAUGUAGGAAACAAAUUCAUGAGUAUGCUCCGGAUAUUCAAGACCAACUGAGGAGGGCAUAUAUAUUGAAGGGUCCAACGGCACGCAACCUGAUUUAGCAAGAUUUCCUCGUACUCAAUUUGGGAAGUAUUCAAGAGCAUUUUGUAAGGCAUGGUAUAAGAAUUAUACAUGGAUUGCAUACAGUGAGUCGAAGGAUGCAACUUAUUGUUUCUAUUGCUUUCUCUUUAAGCCGCCCGGGAGGGCCGAACACUUUGGUUAUGAAGUCUUCAACAAAGACGGAUUUAAAGAUUGGAAGCAUGCAUCUAAAGGCUUUAAAGAUCAUAUUGGUAGUCAUGAUAGUAAGCACAACUCAUGUGUGAAGCACUAUGAUGAUUAUAAUAAUCAAAGACAAAGUGUGACAUUGUUAUGCUUUCUAUGUCCAUUGUUAUGCAACUGGUGGUUGUGUCCGUUGCUAGUAAUUGCUCAUCUAUUCAUGAUUUCUUUGAGUACAUCUCCUUGAUUGUAACCACAACAAGUGCAUCUUGCAAGAGAAAGGAUGCUUUGAAGGAGGCACAACACCAAGAUAUUUUGAAUAAACUUAAGAGUGGUGAGAUAUCUCAAGGAAAGGGCUUGCACCAAUCAUCUAGUCUCACUAGACCCAGAGAUACUAGAUGGGGUUCACAUUAUACUACCUUGAUUCGUUUGGAUCAGAUGUGGUCCUCCAUGUUAGAGGUGCUUAGUAUUGUUGAUGAAGAUGGACGUGGACCAUCUCUAGCGGCGGGUUUGAUAGAAAAAAUGGAGAGCUUUAAUUUUUCUUUCAUUUUGAAGCUUAUGUUAAAGUUGUUUGGUAUCACUAAUGAACUUUCAAAAAUCUUGCAAACAAAAGAUCUUAAUAUUGUGCUUGCUAUGGAAUUAGUUGAUGAUGUUAAAGCUCGAUUGGCUAUAUUGAGAGAGAGUGGUUGGAAUGAUUUAUUUAGUGAUGUCCAAGAAUUUUGUUUUUCUCAAAGUAUUCCGGUGCCAAAUAUGGAUGAAGAAAUACCGGUUCGGGGACGUUCAAGAAGAGAAGGGAGAACUGUCACUAAUCUUCACCAUUACCGUGCAGAGAUUUUUUAUGUUGCUAUUGACAAAAUAUGUGUGGAGAUGGAUCACCGGUUUUGUGAAAGAAGUAAUGUUGUGCUGGAUUGCUUCUCAUGUCUUGACCCCAAGAACUCUUUUUCCAAGUUUGACGUUGAUAAGCUUGCUCGUCUUGCUAAUAUUUAUCAUGCAGACUUUUCUGAUGAUGACCGUGGAACAAUAAGGGAGCAACUUGAGACUUAUGUACAUCAAGUAAAAAGGCAUGCUUCUUUUACUUCUUGUGAAGAUGUUCAAAGUUUGGCUAUGAAGAUGGUUCAAACUGAGAAAUAUUUGGUAUUUCCAUUGGUUUACAAGCUCAUUGAGUUGGCUUUGAUAUUGCCGGUGUCGACAGCAUCCGUUGAAAGAGCUUUUUCAGCAAUGAAGAUUAUCAAGUCUAAUUUGCGCAACAAGAUCAACGAUAUGUGGUUCAAUGACUUGAUGAUAUGUUACACCGAGCAGGAGAUAUUCAAGUCACUUAAAGAUGUUGAUAUUAUUCGAACAUUCACCGCAAAGAAGUCUCGGAGAGGGCAUUUACCUGUUAAUUUUAUUUAGCACACUAUUCACAGGUGAGGUUUCAUCUCUCUUAUGUAGCACACUUUAUGAUUAUGUAUAUAUUAUCACAUGUAAUGUUCAGUUAAAUUUUUUGCCCAGGCUAUAUAAAAUUUCUGGCUCCGCCACUGGCUCUCAUAUUUCACUUGUAUUCAUUUAGACACCCACUUGACCAUAGUCAAUAAAUCAAUAAAUCUUGAUGUCAGAGACAGGUUCUAGAACCACAAUCAAUAUUUUUUACAUCUAUCCAACAAUGUAGUAGCAGUUAACAAUACAAAGAAGUAGUGUUAAUCUAGAAUAAAAUAUCAAUUUGAUCAAGAAAGAAAAUAUCAGUUUCAUGUUUGAUUAUGUCCUCAGCCAUGAUAU